GCUAUCUUUAUUCAUCAUUCAAGUUGUUCGCUGUUCCUCAAAUGAUGUUUUAUUUUGUAAGUUCUGAGAUGGGAGGCCUAGUGUGAGCAACGUAUAGCACACUUGAGAUGAAAUUGGUGGAAAAAGUGAGACUUGAAAGUAUUAGUUACAACGUGCCAUUAUACUUCCUAGUAUCUGAACAAGACUGCCAGAUGGCCUACAUUUUAGAAAUCAGGCUGGGGUAUCUUCAUUUCUGACUAGCAUGCAAGUGCUAUCCUGGCAGGCCACAGAGAUGGGAUUGCAGAUAACAGAAAUGCUCUAUGAGAAGAUAAAGAUCAACAAGAUAAUGUCAAGGAUCACUGGAAAGCCUGAAGAGCAGAUUGACGAGGACACGAAGUUUGACUGUUUCAUGAGUCCUUGGGAGGCCAAGGAUUAUGGAAUAAUUGACAGCAUUAUAGAUGAGGGGAAACUUGGAUUGGUAGCUCCUGUAUCGGGAGCUGUGCCACCCCCAAAAUCACGUGUGUGGUACUUGUGGAACGCUUCAGGACCAACUAGAAAAAUAAUGAAAAAUCUACCUUCAGAGGAAAAGCUCAUUCGAAAUGGCAAUGGCAGUGUAAGUGGAGCUGAUGGAAUGCUGAAGGAGGCCUCAUCAACUUGAGAUAUGUCUACCAGCUUACAGCAUCACCAUGGGUUUAGGAUCAAAGAUGUGGCUUGCUAUACAGGCCAGAUCAUACAAUGUGCAAUUUUCAGGGUGCAGGUCUGUAUGCCUUGCCGGUACUCGAAGAUUGGCUGUAGUGCUGUUUGUAUGCUGUAUUGUAUUAUUUUUCCUGUAUACGGUUGAUUUUUUUUGAUCUUGCAGUGCAACCAUCAUUUUGCAGGAGAAUAUAGGCCUUGUUUGUUUGGGGUUUUGCUUC